AUGUCCGAGGUUGUCGCCUUCCCAGCCUUGGCGAGAGCCAAGAAGCUGUUUCUGCUUCGAAAACAAGCAGCAAGACGACGUGAAGGAGAAUGUCGUGUAGACCCUCGAAGUCGCGACGUCUCGAGCUCGAACAACCCAAAGGAAGUCCAAGAUCAGCGAUACGAACCACAUCCUACUGUUGGAUUAGACUCCACACGUCGAUGCACUUCAUCGCUCAUUGCGUUCUGCUCGGAUUUCGAUGAACAAUUGCGGGUCGUCAACAGCGACUUGCUGCUGCUGAACACGUCUGUGAGACGAGAGUACCAACGCGAAUCACUAGCCCUCGAGAAGCUGACGACGGAGCUGUUGGACAAGGAACUCCCCUCUCCAGCAAACCAAAGAGAUGUACGGAGUUGUCGCGUUCGACUGCGCCUUAGUAGACCGAGCAUCAAACUUCGAGUCGUGCGCCAGUCUCCACCUCAGAAUUCCAAUGUAAAGCAGACACAGACAAGUCCGAAGAAGCCACUCAGUCGUGCUGCUUUACUAGCACACCAAGCGAUGAAAGCUCGUGUUCUCCAGUCGUACGCUCGGCUUUAUCUCUUCCGGGUCUUGUACCGUGGAGGUCCAAGUCAACUCGUUGCAGCCCGUCAAUUAGCCACUCGAUGUCGUCGAUCACACGCAUUCCGGCAUUGGCGACGAGUUGUCAUUCAACGUCUCAAACUGCGACGUCGCUGUCUUCGAACUCAACAGCGUAUCGAACGCUGUGUUGCCUCAUGGGCUCGUUCCAGAGCAAUUCAGGUCGUCAACACAGAAGGCAAAUACGCCAUGGCCAAGGAAUUCCACCAGUCCAAGCUCCUUGCAAGCAGCUUCCGCACGUGGCUGGGCUGGUAUCAAAGCUCUGGUCCCACGUAG